AUAUAUAUGACAAGGUUUCCUUUACUUCCGGAGCAAAAAGCUCUACACUCUAUCCCUUUUCCAAGGUAUACCCAUUAUAAACACACUUUUUUUUUCUUCAUUUUCUUCUCUACUCAAUGGAGAGGCCAAAGGAUUUUUCCUACGUGGGGAACCAAGAGAGCAACAUGUACUUCUACAGCGUGCCAACUAGUCCUACCGGCAGAGGGUUAAGUGCUUUGUUUGGAUUUGAAACAGAGCCUCCAUCACCAAGAACAUAUGAAGAUGCAAAUUCCUCUUUCGGUGAUGACUUUGAGUUCGAAACUAGCCGCCGUUUCAAUGUCGAAACAAGCCAGAAUUUUGAGAACCCAUUUGAUCAUCGACAGCAACAGCAGCAGCAACAGAAGCAACAAGUAGAGCGUGGGGAUUCCCUUCCUACUGCUAUGGCAUUUGCUGAUGAGCUCUUUUGUGAUGGCAGAGUCCUCCCACUCACACCUCCUCUCAAACUUCCACCGCGUCUUCAGAAUCUCAACAACAAGAGUGGCGGCAACCGAAGCUCCUCGGCGUCUUCCCCUCGGUCCCCGAGUUCGGUUCUUAAGCUCUCGUUUUCUCGCCGGAGCUUGUGGAACGAUGAUUUUGAUCCUUUCGUGGUGGCGUUGGAGAAUGUUAGGGAGGAAAAGAGAGGAAAAACACGAGACGGCAACAACCAUAGACGGGCUCGGUCGCUUUCGCCAUUUCGGACCACCAAACAAAAACAGGUGUCCAAUGACUCAGUGGGUUUGAGCUCAACUAUGCUAAGGGAGCCCAAUAGCUCGGCUCAAGUACGCCAAAGCCCAAAGAAGUUGGAGGAGCCCAGGGGGUUGUCAUUUGCUAGACAAGUAAGGCUUGUGAAAAUAGACCAUGAAUUGCCCACCAAGCCCAAUUUGGAAGCAAGAGAGAAUGCUAGAGAAAGUGGUGAGCCUUGUAUAAGGGAAAGUAAGAGACAGAAAAUAAAGAAAUUUCUAUUCAAGAGUGCAUCGACGAGAGAAGUAAAUGACAGAGACAAAGUAAAUGAUCAAAAUGCAGCGUCUUGGAAGGCAACCUUUCUGAAGAAAUUUAGCUUCAAGUCUACGACAUCAGCCCGAUACAAUGGGAAUACAAGGGUGGCUAAAGUGACCAAAAUGGCGAUGAUUCAUUACCGGCCAAGGCUUCUUCUAUGCAUGGGUUUUGGGGCAAGGUAUGUGAAUUGAAUGAAGAAUAAAGUGUUUAUUUAAAUUGGGUUGGAAAAAAGUUCUCCGAUCUAAUUUAUUAAAUUGAUGUAUCAUUAAAAUAUGUGAUUUUUACAUGUCAGUUUGAAGGAAAAUUUUGUCCUUCAAAAAAUUAGUCUCCGAACAUUUGUGUCAUACAAAUAUUAUG